AUGGUAGCUGCAGCAGCAAUGAUACACGCCUUACAUCUCGCCUUCCCUGCCGCCGCCGCAGCAGCAGCAGCAGCAGCGCUGGGUGCUGCUGGAACAGCUGCCUCGUCAGCUGCCUUGUCAGGUGCCUCGUCAGCUGCCUUGUCAGCUGCCUCGUCGGCUGCCACAUCAGCCGCCGCGUCGGUGCUGUCUUCUGUCCCUGCGACAGCAAUGCUACGGCAGGGAUGGUUCAUUGUGCUGGUGGUGGCGGGCUGUGUGGAUAAGCUAAUGGGGCUGGCUUCAGGCGUCGCAUUUGAGAAUGACUGGGUCCUCGUGCUGGUUGGGCCCCAUCGGCCUGUGCCUCUGGCAACUGCCAACGCCAUGCUCAGGCGGGUGGAGCAGAGCUGUGAGGUAGCAGCAGCGCUCAUCUUUGGAUGGCUCAUUGCAGCUUGGGGCCCGCUCGUCUGCGCCAAAGCAUGCCUCGCCCUCGUUGCACUCUCCCUCCCUGCCAUGCUUGCUCUCACUUCCCUCACCAGCUAUCUGUCCAAUGGAGCCAUCACCGUUGUGGCAGCCCCAGCAGCAGCAGAAGCAGCAGCAGAAGCAGCAGCAGAAGCAGCAGCAGCAGCAAGCACCGCAAAGGCAAAUGGAGAACCAGCAGGCCGGAUGGGUACCGCAUUACGAAUGGCAGAGGCGGCAGCAUCAGCAGUGGGGAGAGCGGCGGGCGAGUUGCGGCAGGUGGUUGAGGCAGCAAGGGAAGGGUGGCGCUGUUAUGUGCAACAGCUGGUGAUGCCUGCGAGUAUGGCGUAUGUGCUGCUGUGCUUCAAUGCUGUGCUGGCGCCUGGUGGGCUCAUGACCUCCUACCUCACGCUCCAUGGCGAGUUCAGUAGCGCGUGUGCCGCCAUGGGAUUCGCGGCUACGUUCGUGUCUCCGCCACUCGUCGCUCGCCUCGGCGUUCUGCAGGCUGGCAGUGCGGCGCUGCUCUUUCAAUCGCUACUGGUCUUCCUCGCGCUUCUCACCUUCUCGUCAAUCUCGUUUGCGCCGCCUUCUCUGCAGCAAGGCCUGCUGCUGAUCUUCCUCCUGCAAAUCGUGCUCUCCCGUGUGGGCAACUGGACAUUCGAAAUUGUCGGCGCGCAAGUCAUCCAGACGGCUGUCCCCGCCGCAUACGCUAACUCCUUUGGCUCCACCGAAAUGGCACUAGCAAGCCUGGCAGAGCUUCUCAUGUUUGCGCUCGCCAUCGUUCUCCACGAUCCAAGGUACUUCGGCGCGCUCGUGCUCAUGUCCGUUGCUGCCGUCUUCGCCGCGGCUGCGCUCUACUGCUCCUGGCUGGCUUGGCCGGACUCGAGGCUGGGGGAGGUGUUUCCGAACCAGCCGGAGGCUUGGUGGAGAAAGGUGUUUUGUGGGGAAACAAAGUUGGAAGAAAAGGAGAGGGUGGAAAAAGCUCGGUUGGGUGAUCAAGAGAUGGAGAUUGGACGAAGCACAUGGAAGGGGAAGCCUUUGGGGGUGAAGAAGUCGUGCAGUGGUGGUGAUCAAAACAUGAUUUUGAUGAUUGAUCAAGGAAAGGUAAUCGAGGCAAGCGAGGAGGCGCUAAUUGCUACUGCAGGGUUUCGGGUUUGA